UGAAUCCAUCCAGAAUCUUCCAAACGAUCUGAGCGGUGAGUAGAGAUCAUGCUGACCCCGACCUCCGGCCCUUCAGGACAGCAUCCUAUCCUCUUGCCAAGAGCCGGCCCCUGCAGUGGCAGGCCCUCAGGGUUGCUCAACUCUGCCUGUCCCUUACAGCGUCCCAGCCCGAAGGCUUCCAGGAGGCCCGGCCUGGUGGAGCCUGGGAGGAGCACCACGCCAUGAGCUCCAGCAGCUCCGAGGACUCCAGCCUGGAGGAGCUCCUCUCCGCCGCCUCAGACAGUUACCACCUGCCGGAGCCAGAUGACCUUGAUGACCCAGAGCUGCUCAUGGACCUCAACUCUGGUCAGGAGGAGGAGGCAGCCGAGACCUUCGCCCCCAUAUUGACUUUCCUGGAUCACAAGGGCUACGCCGACCACUUGAAGAGUCUCUAUGACCUCUCCUUCUCCUUCCUCACGUCUUCUUUUUAUAACUUCUCGGAGGAGGACGAGCUGGUGGUCUACCUGGAGGCCUCCAGGAAGUGGGCCAAGCGGAGCCACAGGACCUGGGCCCAUGCGCGGCUCUGCUUCCUCCUGGGCCGACUGAGCGUCAGGAAGGUCAAGCUUUCCCAGGCCAGGGUGUACUUCGAGGAGGCCAUCCGCAUUCUCGACGGGGCGUUUGAGGACCUGUCCCUGGUGUCUGCUCUGUACAUCAACCUGGCUGCCAUCUACCUGCGGCAGAGGCUAAGGCAUAAAGGCUCGGCACUGUUGGAAAAGGCCGGGGCCCUGUUGGCCUGCCUGCCUGACCGCGAGGCCAGUGCCAAGAGUGAGCUUGACGUGGUGGCCUACGUGCUGCGCCAGGGCAUUGCGUCGGGCAGCUGCGCCCUGGAGGCCAGGGCCUGCUUCCUGGCCAUCCGGCUGCUCCUAAGGCUCGGCCGGCAUGAGGAGGUCCUGCCCUUUGCUGAACGACUGCAGCUUCUCUCUGGACACCCUCCUGCCUCCGAUACUGUGGCCACCAUCCUGAGUUUUCUGUAUGAUAAGAAAUACCUUCCGCAUCUUGCAGUGGCCUCUGUCCGGCAACGUGGUCCCCAGAGUGCCCAAGGGAUGUCCCUUUCGAUUUGGCAGGUUCACCUAGCCCUCCAAAAUGCCACCAAGCUCCUUGCUGUUCCCUCCCAAAGCUGGAAUGAAGUUCCCGCCCUGGCCUGUCCGGCACUCAGGCAGGCACUGGCUGCCUGUGAGGAGCAGGCAGAUCAGAGCACCCAGAGGACGCUGUGUCUCAUCCUAUCCAAAGUAUACCUCCAACACAGGUCUCCCGACGGUGCCAUCCACUACCUGAGCCAAGCCUUGAUGCUAGGGCAGCUGCUGGGUGAGCAGGAAGCCUUUGAGUCUUCUCUCUGCCUGGCAUGGGCUUAUCUCUUAGCCAGCCAGGCAAAGAAGGCUUUGGACAUCCUCUAUCCACUCUUACACUCCCUGAAAGAGACAGAGACUGUUACCCAAAAGGGGGUGGUCAAUAACCUUCUGGGACUUGCACUUCAAGGUGAAGGCCGGAUGAACAGGGCAGCCAAGAGCUAUCUCCGGGCCUUGAACAGGGCCCAGGAGAUGGGGGAUGUGCGUAACCAGGCAGUGACUCUGGCCAAUCUUGGCCACCUGUCCCUUAAGUCCUGGGCUCUGCAGCCAGCCAGAGACUAUAUCCUACAGGCCAUCCAACUCUAUUGUAAACUCCAGGCCACUGUGGAGACAGACAUGGAAUUAGUACAGGUGCUUCUCUGGCUGGCCCAAGUCCUGGUGUGUGGACACCAGCUGGACAGUGGCCGCCUUUGUUAUGAAAUGGCAUUGCUGUUUGGCUUAAGGCAUCGACACCUAAAGAGUCAGCUUCAGGUCACCAAAUCCCUCUGCCAUUUCUACAGCUCUGUGUCCCCAAACCCCGAGGCAUGCAUCACCUACCACGAGCACUGGCUGACGCUGGCUCAGCAACUCAGAGACCGGAAGAUGGAGGGGCAGCUGCUCGAGUCCCUCGGGCAGCUCUAUCGGAACCUAAACACGGCCAGGUGAGUCUG